GAUGGCACCGGCACCCAAGGAGCAGAAGCAGCGCAAGCAGCGCUCCGCGCUGAACGACGUUCGCACGAUCGAGGCCACGAUCCACCUGCACAAGCGUGUGCACUCGGUCGGCUUCAAGCACCGCGCACCCAAGGGUGUCAAGGCUGUGCAGAAGUGGGCUGCGGACCUGAUGGGCACGAAGGAUGUGCGCCUGGACCCCAAGGCCAACCAGGUCAUCUGGGGCCUCGGUGUCAAGGAUGUGCCGCGCCGCCUGCGUUUCCGUCUUGAGCGCAAGCGCAAUGACGACGACUCGGCCAAGGAGCGCCUGUACACCUACGUGACCCCGGUCAUGGGCAUCACGCAGUUCCACGGCCUCGAGACGACGGUUGUCGACCAGGAGUAAAUGCCACCUCGCUUUUACUUUGAUCUCGCACUGCCUCUCUUGCAUCGCCUCCUUUCUGCCUGGUCUCACCCAUUUUCACGCACACUCCACACUCAUCCACGCCUACCCCACGCACACUGUACUCUCACCGAAAAAUCGA